GCAACCCCACGCAGUGAUCUGAACCCCUCUGGCUCCUAUAUAACCGCUACGCUGCUGCGAUGCCAGGACUACUAAUACAUUCAAGAAUAAGCAGACUACCCAGCAAGGAUUAGUGCUCGAAGACACGUGUAUUAUACUGUAUGGAAGCAGUAUGCGGGAAAUGGUUGGAGGUUGCUGUGUGUGUUCUGAUGAGCGCGGCUGGGCUGAGAAUCCGCUGGUAUAUUGUGAUGGACACGGGUGCAGCGUCGCUGUGCACCAGGCCUGCUAUGGCAUCGUCCAGGUGCCCACCGGCCCGUGGUUCUGCCGCAAGUGUGAGUCCCAGGAGCGGGCAGCGCGAGUGAGAUGUGAGCUGUGUCCACAUAAAGAUGGAGCCCUUAAAAGGACAGACAGUGGAGGCUGGGCCCAUGUGGUGUGUGCUUUGUACAUCCCUGAGGUGCAGUUUGCCAACGUUCUGACCAUGGAGCCCAUUGUCCUGCAGUUUGUGCCCCACGAGAGAUACAUCAAGACGUGUUAUAUCUGUGAGGACCACGGUCGAGAGAGCAAGGCCGCCUGUGGUGCCUGCAUGACCUGCAACCGGCCUGGCUGCAGGCAAGCCUUCCAUGUCACCUGUGCUCAGAUGGCAGGUCUGCUGUGUGAAGAGGAGGGGCCAGAGGCCGACAACGUCAAGUACUGCGGCUACUGCAAACACCAUUACAGCAAGAUGCAAAAGAAGCUGCGUUCUUCGGGGGAGACGGUGAGCAGCUCAUUCAACCACUCCAGAGGACGCUCCAGCUCACCUUCCCAGGACAAACACAGCUCGCACCAUCACAGGCCCCGCAAGAGUCACAAAGACAAAUCGAAGCAGAAGGAGCGACACAGGAAGUCGUCGGACUCGGGCGGCGGCAUGCCCACCCUGGGGCCCUCCCUCUCCACCAGCCUGGACAAGUUGUCUUCCAGCCACCACAGCGGCAGCAGCAAGGAGGGCGAGAGUAAGGCCAAGAAGCUGAGCUCCCACGGCGGCCUGCCCCAUCGCUGCAGCAAGAAGAGCGGCAGUGGCACCGGCAAGAGCUGCUCCUCCUCCUCCUGCUCCUCCAGCCCCUUCAACGCAGGGGGCACGUCGUCGUUGUCGUCCAGCCAGGACUUCCUGCAGCUGUCCUCCUCGUCCUGCCGUCUGGAGCGCGAGCGGGAACCGCGGGAACCGCGGGAGCCCGAGGAGCCGCCGGCCGCCGAGCCACGGGAGGAACGCAAGCGCCGCAGCCUCCCGAGGGAGAGGGAGGGCAAGUACCACAAGCCCCCGGCGCUGCAGCCGCCCGCCCUCACGCCCGCCAACGGGCCGGCCGAGUCCGAGGCCAACACCUUCGAGACCAAGGUGACCAUCUCCACCUACGGCUCCAUCAUGCGCAUCACUUCCUCCUCCGGACUGGGCAGCGGCAGCAAGGUGCGUAAGCUGAGCUCCAAGUCCAGCAGCGGCCGCCCGCUGCAGUCCACGCCGCCCGUCCUGGAGGAGUCCGUCCCGGCGCCCGAGCGCCCGUCCUCCUCGCCGUCGGUGCCGCGCAGCGAGCGCCGUCACCGCGGCAACAAGAAGAGCCGCCACGGGCCGGGCCGGCCGCGCGGCAGCAAGAACCGGGAGCGCGAGAAGCGCGGCGAGGACGAGGCGCCGACGCAUCAGCAGCCUGCUCCUCCUCCUCCACCUCCUCCACCUCAGCAGCAGCAGCAGCAGCACCGUCACCACCACCACCACCACCACCACCCGCCUGGGCUGCAGAGCCAGAGCCAGAGCCAGACACAGCACCAAGCCCAGACACAGCACCAAGCCCAGGCGCUGCACCAAAGCCACCAGGCACAGGUCCAGGGUCAGCAGCACCAGGUCCACCAGGGCCAGCAUCAGCUGCACCAGGCCCAGGCGGCGCUGCAGGGGGGAGCCCUGGCCUUCUCCUCCACCCCCUCCUACCCCAGCCCCCCCAGCCUGCCCCCGGCAGCCUUCCCCGCCACCGCCACCACCAACUCCAUGCUCAGCUCCGGAGUCUACAGCAGUCAUAAGGAUCCCCUGUCUCUGGGUGGGGGGGUGUGCAACACUCCUCUCUCCACCGGCCUGCUCCCCUCCCACAUCCCCAGCCUCCCCCUCACCCCCGCCAACUCCAGCGCCAACACACAGAUGCAUUCUGGCGCUGGCGUCCCCUACAGCCUCAGUGCCUCUCAGCCCUUCAGCAGCUUCCUGUCCACGGCGCCUACACUUCCCCCGCUCCUGAGCCAGGCCCAGAGUACACUGCCAGAGUCGGACCUGGAGGACUGUCGCUUCCCCUGCCAGGACAGCUCACCGCGAGAGAGCCUCUCCUCACACUCUCCCAUGAGCAGUCUGCCGCUGCUCUUCGACCAGAGGGAGGGGGCGGAGCAACAGAGGCCACGCCCAGAGCCCGCCAGCUCACACAUAGAGCUGCUGCUGGAGAAGCACGGCAACGGGGAGAUGGGCGUCAACAUCGUGGACAUGCUCCAGUCGCUCCACUCGCUGCAGCAGGAGAACCAGCGUCUGCAGGACCAGAUCCUGAGCCUGACGGCCAAGAAGGAGCGGCUGCAGCUGCUCAACGUGGAGCUGACCGUGCCCUUCAUCCCGCCGGGCGCGCCGCCGCUGUUCUCCUCCUCCUCCUCCUCCUCCUCCGCCCACCAGAUGGCGCCAUCAUGCCACCCCGCCCACGGGCACAGCCACCUGUCCACCCUUCAGGCCGUCGCUGCCGCCGCCGCCGCCGCCGCUGCUGCCGCCGCUAACGUCAACAACGCCUCCAAUCCCAGCGUCAACGUGUCCGGCGGCGGUCCGGCCGGGGUGACGUCGUCGGCGUUGUCGUCGUCGGUCGGCGGGCAGGUCCCGGCGGGCUUCCUGUCCUGCGCUCACGACCCCCUGAGCUCCAGUAAGAGUCCCCUCACCAAGAGCAGUUUCCUCAGCGACAACUCCUUCAUCACCUCCUCUGAGGACCUCCACUCAGGCAGCCCCUCUCGCAGUAGCUCCUCCUUCUCCUUCCAGAGCACCCCUCCCCCUCAGCAGAGCCCCGCCUCCUUCGGCCAGCCCCUGCUGAACGGACUGGGCCGUGCUGCCGGCCUGACCGAGAGCCUGGCCUUGGGGCUCGGCGGUGGUGGCGGCGUGGGCAGUCUGAUGGACGGCCUGGCCGGAGGCCCGCAGGGGGUGAACGGGGUGCUGGGUAGCCUAAACGGGGUGCUGGGCGGCUCGCCGGCGCAGGCCCAGAUGCAGGUGCUGAGCGCCCCCCAGAGCCACCUGCCGGCGCUGCAGCCGCAGCCUCCGCCCCUCACCCAGCAGGCGCUCGCCCAGGGCCUGCAGCUGCCCAAGAGCCUCAGCCCGUCUUCCCUCCUCUCUGAACACCAGAAACAGCUUCUGCUUCAUAAACAGCAGCAGCAGCUCCAAGAGUUCCUUGUCUUGAAACAUUUCACUCCGGAGCAGCAGGUGGUGGUGUACCAGAUGCUGCAGCAGCAGCAGCAGCGUCAGCGGGAGCUCCAGCGGCUCUCCUCCUCCUCCGGCGCCUCCUCCACCGCGGCCCUCCUGAACGCCUCCCCCAGCCUGCUGUCUCAGAGCGGGGCCUCCCCCCUGCAGGCCGGCCAGGGGAACAGCGCCCUCUUUGGCCUCCAGGAGAACUCCCUCCACAAGCCCGGCUCGCUCGGAGACAAGGGAGGGGACAAGAACGGAUGACAUCACUUCCUGAGCUGAGCUGACGACCGUCCACCAAAUGGGAGGAAAAUUUGUUCCGCCCCGAUCUUGCCUCACUUCCUUUUCCGCCCGGAAUCCUCAGCUCCUUCCUCCUCUCUCCUCACGUUCUCUUUCUCUUCUUCCCCUUCGUCUGCCGCCCUUCCUCUUCCUCAGUGAAUGUAUUAAGGCACUGACUUCAGGUGUCCGAUCUGAAAAGACAAAAACAGGCAGUGGUAGUUUGUUCUGUUGUUUUCCUGUUUAAAUCUGCAUUGUUUUUAUUGGCAACCACACAUAGGCAGCUUUGUUUAUCAGGAGAACAGUGAUGGUCUGAUGAUCUAUAUCUCAGUUUGCACUAAUUUGUUUAUUUGUCAAGUUUUGUCCAUUACGAUUAUUAUUGUUAUUGUUGUUGUCGUCGUUGUUGUUGUUAUUACUAUUAUUAUUAUUUUUUUUUUUAAACUAGAGACUCUGGUCAUUGAUACUGGUGGUGUUCCAGCUCAGCGUGUAGUGGACUGACGUUUUCCGAGACCCCAGAGCACUGACCCUGUCUUCCAGCCGCACCAAAGCCCCCUCCACACACACACACACACACACACACACACACACACACACACACACACACACACACACACACACACACACACACACACACACACACACCACCCCCAGUGAGGGAAGCCAGGACUCAAUGGCGCUUGGCUGUUCAUGUUAGCCAUGGUCGUUGGUUGUCGUAGAAACGCUGUGCUUGAGAAUGACGCGGAGGAUGAUGACGAUGAUGAUGGUGGUGGUGGUGAUGGUUAUGACUCGUACGCCACUGUCCUCCUCCACCCCCAGGAUCGUCGUCUCUCGACUUCUCCGCCCCCCACGCUGUGGUCGACACUGGCAGUUGCUUCGUCCCUCGCUGGUCAGAAUGUUCAAGACUGGUGAGAGAACGUGUGGCAAUUUCCUUUUCACAGUGUGUAACGGAUUUGUGACAGUGGCCACGUUUAUGUCACCUUGACACUGUUUAUUUAUCACAAGUUGUACAUCAUUGUAUCAAAUCAGUUUUUUUUUUGGAAAAAUUUGUACUUUCUUUCAUCCAAACUCACUCGAUUGUACAUGUUUGUGAGCCCCUUACAUACUCAACACAAGACCAGGCUCUCCUCAAUGGCCUAAAUGAUGCAUGCUAAGUUCCAUAGAUAAGCUCUCAGUAGAAAUUUCAGUCGGUGAUUCGGUUUUACAAAAUGUUAUUGAAAAUUGUGCUAAAUAGCCAAAUGACUCCCCUUCCUUCCAUGGUCCUGAAGCACCUUGCUGAUUGGCUGAGAUUGUUUAAGGUUUGGUGACUGCAAACACUGAACAGACAUCUAGCAAUAUUGGCUAAAUUUGAUUAAAAUUGUAAGACAAAAAGUGUAAAACUAAAGAAAUUGAGGACUGCACCUUUAAUGGUUCUUUUAAAAACCAACCCAACCUUUUGAGAUUAAAGCGAACCAAAUGGUUCUGGCUUUAAAGCCUGUGUAAAUAAAAUAAAAUCCCCUGAGCAAAGUCUCACUAAAGAUUGCCCUAUGUACAGCAGUGUAUAUUGUGCUAAUAUUAAGCUUUUAGCCAAUAAGAAGUACCUUAUCCAAUAAGGCAUGGUACUAAUUAGGAAACUAUAGGGAUUAGGUAGUGAUUUAUAAUGGAUGUUUUGCACACUGUUAUGAGGUGUUAAAUGUUUUUUUUUUGUUUUUGUUCUGGUUUUUCCUUUUAGUGCUAUGAUUACUCUGUGGUCAUUUCAUUAGGAUGUUGUUUUUUAUAUUGACUGAAAGACUAUAGUUGUCUUUGAGCAGCUUAAUUGAUGCCUUAAUGUUUGUGAUAAAUUCACGGAAAAGUCCAAAGUAAUUCAUCUUUUUUUUGUUUGUUUGUUUGUUUAUUUUUGCUCUUAUGGGUAUUGGGUACAGUGACGGCAAAGGGUGUCUUACGGGCGGUAGAACGAAGAGGCUUGAGCCUGUCCUAAUGAGUUUGAGACAUGCAUAUAGUAGAGAUAGAGAGAACAAUAUUCUUAUUAUUGUACUUGCAUUUUUAACCAAAGUCUUGCAAGUACUUUCGAUGGGACACUUUCCAUUGAUUUUGUUUAUAUAUAUAAAUAUUAUAUUUGCAGCAAGCUCCCCGAAAAAAAAGAGACACUUUGAACACUUUUCAUUCGAAUGUUACUUGGUUGAUGCGUUUGAUGCCUUGUUUUAUUCAUUCUCAACACAUUGUAUGUUUGCCAUGAAAACAUUAACAGUCCAUCAGAUACUAGUUUCACAGAAACACAUACACACAUACAUACACACACACACACACACACACACACACACACACACACACACACACACACACACACACACACACACACACACACACACACACACACUAUGACACACACAAACAUGAGUAAAGGCACACUCACAUAGUACAGUGUGAAUCUAAUGUCUAGUGCUAUCUUGCUCCCAUUCAAACUUACUGCUUGUCAGAAUGGCGCUCACUGAAAUUAAAGUUGAUGAGUGAAAUAGCCUUCUUUCACUUCCUGUGAGACACAGCAGCCAUGAAUCACGCCACUAGCUACUGUGUCUGACUGCCUCACUAAUCAAUCCAUCUGAUUUCCUUGAUAAUUAUUGUUUUAGAACAUCCUGGAGGCCCAUUUCAAUUUUUAAUUUUUUUCAUUUUACUGGACACAAAGGAUUGGUGUCAAUACUCAAUCAAGUAGGACGCUGUAUGUGCAAUUAUUUUCCCACCAUCCAUAGUAAUAUGGUGUUGUGGUGGUUGACAGUACUAUACGCCUUCUCAUGUGUGAUAUCUUCAUGUACAGUUGGCCUUUCUCAGUCAGGCCAUUGUUUUUGAAGUAGAUGAUUUCGAGAAAUUGAGUCCAGACGUUUCCCGUGGUUGCACUAAAAGGAUGUCAAUGAGCCACUUUUUUUUCCUUUUUUUUUUGCCCUGAAAGAGAACAGAUAGUCAAUGUGACUGACCGUUGGUUGGUCGACCGUGGAGCCAUGGAAUGUUCUCUGUGAAGUAACGCAUACUUGUGAUUCAUCCCACCCCUUGUACUGAUAAAGCAAGAGUAGCUCCCGUUCUCUCUCCUCUCUGUUGCCUUAAAAACCUAGCCUGGACAGAGUUAUAGGCUUACAUGUAUGUACAGCCAUCCAGGCCAGUGUGCAGUCCCUGACAAAUGCAGAAAUCCAACAUAAUAUCAGUUUCUUUGUUUGUUGGUUUUGUUUACUCAGAGCUGCUUAAACUUCUCACUAAGCUCAUUGGAUGACAGUUGGAGACUGUAUGGUUUUUAUUUUGGAGAUGGGUAAAUGUUAGUUAACUAAAUACUAUGUACCUUCCUUCCAUAGUUAACUGUUUUUUUUUUCUUUUGUUGUUGCUGUUGUUGUUGUUGUUGCUGUUGUUAGUGAUGAUAUUAAGUUCAAGGCAAAGCAUGUUGGGAAAACUGUUUCAUGGCUUCUGAAAUGUUCUGAUAAGUACCCAAGAGUAAAGAGAAUGAAGUAAUACUGGGGGUAAGUGGUGCAAGAGCAUCCCUCAUAUGUUGCACUGGGGCUUCGUGGCCCAAAGGACUUUUUCUUUGUUAUUUGUUUGUUUCUUUGUCUUUUUUAUGAGUACAGAUUGUAAACUGAAAUACACUUUGUAAGCUUUUAGGUUUGGUAACUAAGAUAAUACAUGUAAUGUAUGCUGUUUUAUGUACCCCUUUGUAUUAAGCAUAUUUAAAUAGCUGUCUAAAUUAAGUUCGGAAGAAACAAAACCAUGUUAACUCAUGAUGAGCAUUAAAUGCCGAUAACCUCUGAUUGAAAUGUCAUGAUUAGACUAUGCAUAUUUUACACAUGCAUUGAUUUCAUUUAAAGAAGACUGAACAAGGUUAAAUGGAGCAAAAAAGGCACUUCAUCUAAAGAUUUAGGAUCUGUAAUGUCACUUUUCUUUCUUAAAGAAAAUUAUUGAAGAUGAAUUUGCCAAUAUUUAGAUUUUAAGGAUUCCUGUAAAGUAUUUUGAUAUUUUUUAUGUACAAUGAAUACCAUUUAGAUGACUGAAAUUUUACUGUCAAUAAAUGUAUUUUACUGA